UACCAAAACAACCUGCAGAGCUGUUUUCCUGUACAUGAUAUACACUGGAGCGUCUGGGCUUCGCCUGGGCAUCAGGCCGUACUGACACCCAGCGAAAUGAUAUAUGUUAUAAUGGGAGUGUCUGGCUGCGGAAAGACAACACUAGGGGCCUUCCUGUCACACAAGCUCGGGUGGCCGCUGCACGAGGGAGAUGACUUUCACCCGCGGGAAAAUGUUGAGAAAAUGGCUCGCGGGGAGCCUCUGACUGACCAGGACAGACUGCCUUGGCUGCUGAAACUGCAUGCUGUCAUUCAAAGGGAGAGGUCUUCAGGGGGUGAUGCCAUCAUGGUGUGUUCAGCUCUGAGGCGACUUUACAGGCAGGUUCUGCUGUUUGGCUCUGAGGCCCUGACCUACAGCUCGGACACAGCAGGCCUGCACAUGUGCAGCCUGCCCGGCGUCUGGUUCCUCUUCCUGUACGGGACAUAUGAUCUGAUCCAUGCAAGGAUGGUGGCCCGGAGGGGACAUUUCAUGCAGCCUGGUCUCCUGCGCUCUCAGUUUGAUGUUCUGGAGCCACCGGCGGAAGAGGAGAACGCGUUGCUGCUUGAUAUUCGGAGGAGCACGGAUGACAUCUGCAGGGAGAUACAGGAGCAUCUCCGCCAACUUUCAUAACCAGAGAUCAUGAUCAUGGACUCUCAAAUCAAAGACAACAUACUGGACUGCACUGUGUGCUACAAAACAAUUACAUAUCAUGUCAGACUUUUAUAUUAUUUUAUUUUACAAAGCACAAUAAAUCCGUUUCUGAUUGUAUGACACAUGCUA